AUGGCCAACUGCUACACCACCGGAGUCACAUUCCGUCAGGGGAAGUGCCGCCGUCUGGUGGAGGGGGUCGAAAACAGCACCGGUCGCCGCGUGGUCUUGGCCGUGUACAACGACGAUGGGAUUCUUGAAGCAGACAAAGAGCGGAACAUUUUGCGGAGCCUUAAGGACUGCGACUUCGUGGUGGACCUCAUCGCCUUCAUCGGCCACGACUACGAAGCUCGGUCGAGAUGGAGGGACCCGAAUUCCGGUACAAUGGAGGUGGUGUACGAGCACCUCGACACCGACUUGGACCUUUACCGGAGAGCUCUCCAACCCGGUCCACGUGUCGCCGGAGACAGACUUAGGAGCCUCUUCUUUCAGCUGUUGAGUGGAGUAGCAGCUGUUCACGAGCAAGGAUUCUACCUCCGGAGAGAUCCGUUCCUGGCAAAACUGAGCGAUUUCCUCGGCGCCAAAGUGCCUCAUCCUUUUGCCCAAGAUACCGACUUGGUGACUCCGCCGGGAGAGCUCGAGCGCGACCUUCGAUAUCAGGCUCCGGAACAGUUGAUUGGGUCUCAGAUGCUCACCCCUGCCGUCGACAUGUGGGCUUUGGCUACCAUCAUUGCUGAGGUGGCAACAGGUGAUGUCUUGUUUAAGGUCAAUCCAAAUUCUCGGCCACGUGAGCAUCUACAAACCAUAUAUCAGUGA